AUGAACUGUUGUCCAGGCCUUUACCCCUCCGAGGGGCCUGCCUCCCACCACCCCGUCCCUGUCCUGUUGUACUCUAGGGCCCCAGGGGCUGCUGGCCUCUCCCCGGCCCCACACAUACUUUUCUGGCAGGGAGCCCCCGGGGAGCCACACCUUGGCUUCAGCCUCACGCCACCCCACCUCUUCUCCCUGCAACGGGCACCCGGUGGCAGCUCCUGCAGGAAGGAGGCUGUCCUGCCACACCUGCGGGUGACCCGGCCUCUGCUGCCAGAGCCCGCCAUCCUUCCUGUUUGUGCUGCCAGGCUGGCAGGGUCCCUCGCCACCGACCUCAGCCGCAGCAGUCUGCUCCCUUCCUGGGUGGAUUUGCAGGAGCCUCCCCCACCCUCUGCCCCUAGCUUGCUCCUCCUUGAGGACCCUGGGCCGGGUGGCUGCCAUGGGGCCCAGCUGUGCGUGAGAACCUGCGAGCUGGCAAACGGGGCUCGGGGGUUUUGCCCAGAAAUGGGUCAGAACGAAAGCCUCUCAGAGGAAAGAAAAGGGCAUGAGUCAAAGAGAAAGUUGGGGGGUAGGGGCUCCUCCUCAUCUCACCCCACCCAGGCCUCCUGACUCCCUGGGUUUGUGUGGACCCAGGCAGGCAGCCAACCCCAGCUCCGUGGUCUGUGGGCAUCGUGAUGAUCAGGACACAAGCUCUUCCCAGCUGAGCCUUCACUGUGGGCCAGCUUCCCAGUGGAUGACCACGGAAGAGGCCUCAACCCAGUGGGCCCCACUCCAGACCAAGAGCAGACCACUGGCCAGUGCCCCCCGCAGACAGCGGCACCUAGGGCAGCAGCAAGGUGAGGGGCACCCAGCCUCAGCCCGAGGGGCGCCUCAGAGAGCGGACUGAGCCUGGCUGUCUCCCUGAUCCCUCACCUGCUUCACCGGGUUGGCUUGAGCGAGGCAGUCCAGAUGCGUGUCUCGAGCGCCCCCUGGUGGUGUGCUGCAAAGCUACAUGGCCCCGGCGAGAAGGGAGCCGGCCCUUCAUCCUCAGUAACAAGGUAGAACCGGGGGCUGGAGACACCCUCUGACCCCGCCUUUGGAAAGGUAGGUGGGUGCACGGAGCCUGGCAGGUGGCCAAGGGGACCCCCAAGUGGAGGGACUGGUCGAGGAGCAGCACGGGGUGGUGCAGCGGGUGAGCCCAGCACCUCCCCUCCCACUUUCGUCCCAUCGAGCCCCAGGACGUUGGGGGGAUCACGUCUGUGUCCUUGUUCUCCCCCAGGUGGAGCUGCUGGGUGGGGCUCUGGUCCUCCAGGGACCCACUCUGCACCCCAAGUUUUGCCCUGACCCGCUCCUCUGUGUUGUGUGGCUGUAGGGGAGGGCUGCAGCCAGGGACUCUGCACCUGGGGCCGGCCCACCCAGCCUCCCAGAGCCAGAAGCUGGGGAGGUCCUCGCUUCCUAGGGUGUCGGCUCGGGGAUCACAUGCCCCACAUUCUGGGCCAAGCAUGGUCCUGCCCCAGCAUCUUGCUGGGUUGGGGGCAUCUCCGCAUAGAUGAGUGCCACCCCAGGUUCUCUGCCGGGGUCUGGGCAUGUCACCCUUGGGUAUCUGUGCUCAGGAGGUCACCAGGUGUGGGCAGGGCACCAAGUGGGGAGGUAGCUGAGGCUGGAAGACACACAUCAGUGCCCCGCUGGGCUUUCUCAAGUGGGAACUGCAGAGGGGGCUGGGCUGCCGGGCCAGGGUUAGCAGGCUCAGGCGGGCUCAGGGCUCAGAGUCAAGCCAGAAACCACGGUGAAGUCUGCCUCUUGCUGCCACCAGGGCCCUGGGACAGGGAUAGCAACAGCAGAAGGUAAAGUGGAAAGGAAGUAAUGGGACCCCAGGCAAGGCUGAGCCAGGUCCCAAGCCCAGGAUUGGGGUCUCCAGAGUCCCUGGGGGUCCCCACAUGGCAGCUCACCCACAGCCUGGGGCCUAUGGGAGCAAGGGGGCUCCUGAUGGCUGGGGGCAGGAGCUUGGACAAAGUUGAAGGCCGUCUGUCUGAAUUGGCCGGGGGCCAACGAAAGCCAAAAAGCUGGCGUGGCGGCUUAUGCCUGUAAUCCCACUUUGGGAGGCCAAGGCAGGUGGAUCACCUGAGGUCAGGAGUUCGAGACCAGCUGGCCAACAUAGUGAAACCCCGUCUCCACUA